CCCGGCGGGCGCCGGCGGAGGAGCCCGGGAGGCAGCGCUCUGCCCAAGCAGCCGGAGCGUAGCCUGGCCUCAGCCCUGCCCGGCGCACUCUCCAUCACCGCGCUGUGCACUGCCCUCGCGGAGCCUGCUUGGCUGCACAUCCACGGUGGCACCUGUACCCGCCAGGAGCUGGGGGUCUCCGACGUGCUGGGCUACGUGCACCCGGACUUGCUGAAAGAUUUCUGUAUGAAUCCGCAGACAGUGCUGCUCCUGCGGGUCAUUGCUGCCUUCUGCUUCCUGGGCACCCUGUGUAGUCUCUCCGCGUUCCUCUUGGAUGUCUUUGGGCCCAAGCAUCCAGCCCUGAAGAUCACUCGUCGCUAUGCCUUUGCCCAUAUUCUCACAGUGCUGCAGUGUGCCACUGUCAUUGGCUUUUCCUACUGGGCUUCCGAACUCAUCCUGGCCCAGCAGCAGCAACAUAAGAAGUACCAUGGUUCCCAGGUCUACGUCACCUUUGCUGUUAGCUUCUACUUGGUGGCAGGAGCUGGUGGAGCCUCGAUCCUGGCCACAGCGGCCAACCUCCUGCGCCACUACCCCACAGAGGAGGAGGAGCAGGCGCUGGAGCUGCUGUCUGAGAUGGAGGAGACCGAGCCCUACCCCGCUGAGUAUGAGGUCAUCAACCAGUUCCAGCCACCCCCAGCCUACACUCCCUGAUGCCAGGCCUGCGCCCCCUAAUGCCAGCCCCCUGAGGCCAGCGGCUCUCCUCCUCCGCAGCCCUGCCCCCACUCCUCAGCCCCACCCCUCCCCAGGAGCGCCUUCCCUGGCAGGCCUCACUGGUAGGAUCCUGACCAUCGUUACCAAACCUUCCCCAAGAGGGUCUCUGUCUUUGGGUUGUUCAUGUGUCCCUGCUCUCGAAACCUGGGCUUUGCGGAUUUUAUAUCAUGCACUUUUUCCCCUCUUGCCACCUCCUCUCCCUUUGGUCACUAGUCAUUACCAAUCAUGGGUGGUUUUACAAGUUUUCUCCUUUCAUGGGCCAUAGCUUUGAGAUCAGAACUUUCCUUAGGAGCUGCUGACAGUGAAUAGUCCCAGAGAGAAGUAUCAGCAGGGCCCAAGGGAAAGGAGACUGUGCCCUGCAGCUUCCCUCCCUAAGGGUUAGUGCUGGUUCCACAGCUGCAGCACUGGGCUGAUGCUGCCCAGUUUCUUCUCAGAGUGCCCAGUACCAAGCCUCCCGCUCAGCGAAGUUCUCUGCACUUCAGCCUUCCCACCCGCAUUCCAGUUUGACGGGAGAAGGAAUUGCUGUUGGAAAGCAGAGCGGGCGUUCUCCCCACCCUGGCUUGGCUCGGGUGGCUGGCUCUGCUGAGGGGAGUGGCCGCAGGCAUGGGCCUGAGGCCUCCAAGUGAGGGGGCCAAAUUCUCCAGCCCCUUCACCUUUUAAAAUGAGUGGUUUUGAAAGGAGAAAACAAAACCAAGCCACAGCAACAAUUAAUCUCUUUUUAAACUUGCGGCAAGACUGUUGUCAUUUCUCCUAUAUUUAUCCUGUUCUUUUGGGCUCUGCAAAGUUUUGGGCCACAGCUCCUUCCAGCCCAUGGUAGUUACUCCUCGAAUGUCUCAGAGGAAUGCAGCCCUCUCCCUAUGCUCCCUCCCUCCUGGAGACCUCCCUGUGGAACGUGGAGCCCCGUCAGUGGAGGGGCUGAGGACUGUGGCCUGGCUGGCCGGCCAGUGUGGUGCUCCUCAGGACUGUGGCACUGAGAUGUAACCUGGCCUCCAUGCAGGAACAGGGGCCCCAGCAGGGCAGGGAACCCUCCGCUCUCCACAUGGGACCACAGCCGGUGAGCCCUGUUGCGUGAGGUGUCAGACUGGCAGGCCUGGCUCCGUCCUUCAGGCUCAGGGUGUCCCCUAGACUGUAACUUGGGGCAACAGCUUGCUGCAUGCCCCCUCCCCUUCUUGAAUGUACUCUGGCCUUGCAGUGUGCCACUGGCUCUUUCUUGUCCAACCAUUGCUCUGGCUGUCUUGUUUGCCACACUUGGCCUUGGGUCUUGCUGAGUUUUCUGCCUGAUAUCUGGGGCAUCAAGCAGAAGAAACUUGAGAGACCUUCAGGGUGGACCCAGGUGGCCAAGCCUUCUUGGAAUCAGUGUCCAGUGCUGAGCUGAAAAGCUGCUCCCAAUUUCCUACACAUGAUAGAGCAAGAUUGGAGAAUGGACACCACUGUUGAACUGUGGCUAAGAAGGGACUGUCAUGUGCCUCGUCCUUUGGCCAGGCUGCCUGGGGAUGUCUGAACAGAUGCCUGUGUGGGUGGUGAAGACCGAAUCUGCACAUGAGUGAGCGGCUGCCUGGAGAUUGCUGUGAUGCCCAAGUGUCUCCUUGUGGCGGCUCUCACUUACAGACUCUUAGGCAAGAAAGACUGCCGUGUGAUACCUGUACACAAAGCUGAGAGCCACAUGGUCUCAUCUCUCUGUCAAGUAUGAGUUUGUCUUUGGCACCUUUCCAGGGUGUGGACAGCUUUCACUGACCAUGGGUGUCUGAAGGGCAGACCAGGAGAUCAGGCACUGGGCACACACGCCAAAGCGUCCGGUUAUCUCAAGAGGACCCAGACAUGACCCUGGGGACUGUUCCACAUGAUUUGGAACCCACUUUUUAUUAGCUUCCCACGCCUCCGGGAUUCCUCUUUUCCCUUCCCAUCCUGACACUAAUAGUUUGUCAUAUAAAUUCCCCUGGUUUUUUUUUUCUAGGUAAAAAAUAAAAAAAACAAACAAACCACAAAUAAGAAUGUAAA